GGGCAAACGCAUGACGGCCUCCAAUGGAAAAUGGCAGUCCACUCUUCGCAGCGGCCUCGCCCGCUGGUGCACCACCGUCGGCAGCUGCUCUGUCCACGGCGUCCACGUGGAGCGACUGCGACCGAGCUGCCCGCUGCUCCUGCUCAGUGGUGCGACGCCGGGCCCGUUCUACCACUCGCACCCGCACGAUCCGUCGCAGUUCGACCACCUCCACUUCGACAUGGCGAGCCAAGUGAGGGCCAACCUCAAAACGGUCCGCGACAUCUUGGACGCGCUUGGAGAUGCUGAACUUCCGUUUCACCUCGAUGGCGGGUGCAUCGAGCGCAGCCGUCGCCACGCGCAGCUGCUGCACUGGGUGAGCAACCGCGGCCAGGGCUUCGCCGCCAACGCACGCGUAACGGCAGACAUCUCGCGCGCCGCUUGCAAGGAGCUGGGCAUGGGCCUCGCCACUACGCUCGCCACGUUCGAGACUUCAGGCAACGUCUCGGACCGGCGCUUCCUGAUCGAGACUUUUGCCAUGUUUGGCCUCGAAGGGGCCGAGCUUGGCCAGACCGCCGAGACGGUGCGGGUGGAUCUCGUCUCGCAGUUCGACGCCGUCGACGAGGAGAGCAGCAUAUACUCGGUCGGAGGUCAGAGGCACUUCAUGCCAUACGUGCCGGCGUACGCCGUCUGCGGACCGGCGGACCUCGCCCUCUUCUCGCUCUCCGCCGCGUCCGGCGAGAGAUCCGCGCCUCGCUCGGGAGAGGAGCAGGUACAUCUCGCCAUCGACAAGCUACUGCGCGUGCUCUCCACCCUCGGCGCGACCUUCGACGGCGUGGCGCUGCUCUGGAACCGCGUCGCUGACCUCGACGCGCACGAGGAGGCCGUGCUGAUGAGCCGCGCGAGGAGGGGCCUCACCCGCCCUCUGGCAGAGGCGGUGCUCGAGGUGGCCGACGCGGACCCGAACUCGCAUGCGCCCGACGGCACGCCACUCGCCAUCGAGUACAUCGUGGUGGCUCAAGUGCCAAGAAGAAGAGCCGGGUCCGACUGAUAUUAGACGUGUGGUUCUUCCUGGUUCCUGCGUCCUCGGCUUAACGGCUACGGGCCUCGUUGAUCGGGCGGCGGCGAAGACGCCUAGUGUGUCUACACUGCGCGAGUCCGAGCCUGUGGCUGUUCUUCACAGCCCGCAAGCUCGUGUAUUUCUCUUACUGUGACGUACUGACGUAGUCGU